UGCUCUAAAACCCAAUCAGUGUUUGAAUUUUCGUGCGGCAGAUCACACUUUUUGGCGGAUAUUUGCAAUAAUAAAUACUCGAAAUUUAUUUCACCAAAAUCGUCGGUGGUUAUUUGGAUUCGCCUAAAAAAUAAUUUCAAAUAUGAUUUUCUUCCGCACAUUGAUGAUUUUACUCUCAUUUGUUGUUGUAUGUGGCGUUUAUGCCUUACCGGUUGAGGUUAAUAUGCUAACUUUUACGGGUGUGUGUGAGUUGAGCGGCGACUGGUGUACUGUAAAAUGUCAAACUGCUGGUGGACGUGACGGCUAUUGCGACAAAGUAAAAAUAUGUCAUUGCAGGCAAUUGUAAAAUGUUGAUGGGCAUGCCAAUAUUUUGAAAUAAAUUUGAACACAAUUUUUAAUGUGAA